AUGUCUUCGGCUGCAGUCUUUUACCACUGUGCUGUUUUCGCCCUCCUUCUCGCGCAGUCAAACGCUCAAGAGACGGACUAUGCUGAAAUCCAAAAUGAAGCUGGAGCAUCCGGACCAGAAUCCGAUUCAGUCGGAUUUUCUACCAAAGGAAUGAUCGCUCUGUGCACUAUUGUUGGAGUUGUCGUGGUCAUUGGAUUGUCGUCCACAGCUCUCUUCUUCAUCGCCAAAAAGCGCCAGUGGGAAAUGCGCGAGACUAUGCGUCGUUCAGCCAGACAGGUCACCCAGGCAAUUAAGACGCCGUUGACACCCAGGUUUCCCAAAAUCUCGGAUCCCCACAAAAGAAACCAAACGAAGGAGAGAAAAGACCCGAAAGGCCACGAGUUCAGUGAUUUGGAAAAAGGACUCAAGUCCGCAAAAUCAAACAACUGCUCUGUUACAGUCACCACUGGAGAGACGGAUCAGAACAGUGAGGGGAAGGCCAGAGGCUGGGGAUCAUUCUUUGCUUUCAGUCGCUCAUAG